AUGCUAAUUAUUCGUUAUCCAUGGCUAUUUAUUACAAUACCGAUACUGUUGACACUUAUACUUAGCACGGGAUUGCAAUAUCAAAAAGAUGCUUUCCUAAAAGAUGAACUUAACCAAUAUAUUCCAAUUAAUGCUCAAGCUGGACGAGAGUUACAGGAACUUGAUGAAUUAUUUCAUAUCGAUGAUUUCGAUCCAUUCUAUGCUACCAGAAGAUAUGAUAUCAAACGAACCGGAUAUAUUAUCGUACAAAGUAUUGCUAAUGAUGACGAUGUGCUGAAGCCAGCUAUUUUGGAUGCUGUAUUAAAAUUAUGGAAUGUGAUACAGGAGAUUCGAGUUGAAGGACGAAAUGAUACCACUUUUGAUUAUUCAUCCAUUUGUGUUAAAUUUCCAAUUUCAUCUGAAUUUGAUGAAAUUACUGCAAAUAUUUUAAUGCAUAAAUCAUCAAGGUUACAAGAAGAAUGCGUAUCAAAUCCAUUAAUAACUGCAUUUAAAAUGUUUCUAAGUGGUGAUUUAAUUCCGAAAAAUGAUACAAUUGAUCAGGCUAUCUUGAAAUUAGUUGCCAAUUCCUUCUCAUCCGAUCUGUUGAAUAGCGUUUGCAGCUUAUUGGGUGGUAUUACAUUUGACGAGAAACAUCGAAUUUCCGGUGCGAAAGCAAUAAUGUUACCGUAUGCAUUGCGACAUUCAACAGUUUUCCAGGAUAGUUUAGCUGAGAAAUGGGAGUUAAAAUUAGCAGAGUUUUUAUUGCAAUAUGCUUCAAAUAUCAUUAAAACUUCCUUAUGGACUUACGAAACGAUAGCUGUAGAAAGCGCUAAUGGUCGUGAACAAUUAGUAAAAAUGUUACUUCCAAGUUUUCUAACAGUAUUAUUGUAUACAACUUUAUGUUGCUGUUUACCAUCAUGGAUUUAUUCUCGACCAUGGCUGGCUAUUGGCGAAGUUAUCAGUGUUGCAGCUGCGGUUAUCAGUGGUAUCGGCUUAUUGCUUCUACUAGGCUAUCAUAUUAUCAGCGUUGCAUAUUUGAUGCCAUUCGUUGCCUUCUCAUUUGGUGUUGACAAUGUAUUUAUCACAUUGUCAGCAUGGCGAUCAACUUCUCUUAUCACUUCAUUCAAUUUACGCAUAAAGAAAGCAUUCACGGAUGCAUCCCUCUCAAUUACUGUAACUUCCCUUACCGAUCUCAUUUCUUUUACUGUUGGAUGUUUUGCACCUUUUCAAUCCGUACGAACAUUUUGUAUGUAUGCUGUAUCGGCUAUUUCCUUCACAUAUAUUUAUCAGCUAACAUUCUUCUCGGCUAUACUGGUCUUAACAAGUAAACGUGAAAUUGCCGAGCGACAUUGCCUAACAUUUCAGAAAUGCAGGAAAAAGCAAUAUUCCGGAUCACAUAUUUUUCCUGAAUUUGCGCCACAUAAAGGUCAUUGGUUAAUGAUUGGAAAGGUGCAGAAAAUAAAUUCUCAUCAUAAUCAUUUACUUGCUAACUUUUUCCGUACAACUUACUCAGAUUGGUUGUUCAAACCGUCAGUUCGAUUAAUUAUACUCGUAAUUUUCGUCCUCUAUCUUAUAGCAUCAAUUUGGGGUUGUAUGCAUAUGAAAUUAGGCCUCGAACCGAAUGAAUUACUUUCGAUAGAUUCAUAUGGUCGUGAAGCUUUAUCUGUUAUGGAGAAAUACUUUUCUGGCCACGAUAUUUUGUUUGAUUCUACCGGUAAUUUUCUGGAAGUUUCACGUAUCCUUGUGCAGUUACGUUAUGUUGGGGCGAGUAAUCAAUCUCGGGCUAUGCAAGUUUUAAGAAAUAUUGCAAAAUCGCGUACCAUUAAGACUGGAGUGUAUGCUGACUUCUUCCAGUUUGCGGAACAAUACAAUGCAGUACUUCCGGGUACGCUAUCAACGAUAGCAAUUGCUAGUUUCGCCGUAAUUAUUGUUUCAUUAUUGCUAAUACCAAGAAGAGUUGCAUCAUUUUGGAUUUUAUUAAGCAUCAUUACGGUAAACGUUGGCAUUCUUGGUUUCAUGACCUUUUGGAAUGUUCGAUUAGAUUUCGUCUCGAUGAUAACAAUUGUUAUGAGUGUUGGCUUCUGCAUUGAUUUUGCUUCACAUUUGGCGUUUAAUUUUUCUAAGGAUGAUGGGAUAAGUUCGUCUGAGCGAAUGCGUAAUGCUUUAUACAAUGUUGGUGUUCCAAUAAUACAAUCUGCCAGCAGUACAAUUAUCGGAGUUUCAUUCUUAGCAUCGAUUGAUAGCUAUGUGUUUCGCUCAUUCCUAAAAACAAUUAUCUUAGUGAUAACAAUCGGUACAUUACAUAGUUUACUGAUACUUCCAGUCUUAUUUACACUAUUCAUUUGUAAUGAAGAAAUUGCGUAUGGUACAUCAGGGAAAGAUAAAUUAAACGUAAGAGCAGUAAGAAAAACAUCAGAAACAACAACAUCUAUCAUUCCUAUUUCUGUUUGUUAUAAAUUUCCUACUGCAAUUGGAAUAAAAGAUAUCAACAACUAUAGAAAUCGUCAUCGUAUGCCUUUCCUGAUGGUACCACAACUUGAUGUCAGCGAAUUACAGUCAUACUGGAACGAUCAACAUUAUCACUCCAAUGUAUAUGGAAAAUAUUGGAAUAAAGAAUUGACGAAUAGAUUGUAG